CGCCGCAUGCAGUCGAGCACACCUGAGCGUCAUUAUCGUUAAUUUGCGAUGGCUCGUUAAGCAACCGAUCUUAAUUGAGUUCAAACGUGUUAAUGUUUUACGUUGAUUGAUCAUGAACGUUGACGUGCACGUAUAAAAAGGUUAAGGUGAGACUUGAGGUCAAAGCACUUUGAUUUUCCUAUUCAACUCCUUUUAGCGCAAAAAGAUGAGUUCCCGAAGCCUCGCUCCUCUUUCCAGACGUAACAAUCAGGAACACAUGGGUUUGGGGAAAGUGGAUGGCAUGCACGCUCACAAGCCCGGCCAAAGAGUUGUACUUGGCCUUUUGAGUGAGAAUGAUCAGCAUAAUCGAGUAUUUGGGGAGGUUUCGUCCAAAUAUGACACCGCUUUUCAUGACAUUCCUCUCCAUAACACCUGUGUUGACGUCCACGAGUCUGUCACUGCGCAGUCCAGCGAACAACCGGCGUCGUUCCUGUUGGACUCUGAGCUUCUUCUGCUAGAUGAUGCUGUGAAUGACGUUGGCUCAGGUUCGUGCAUGGAUGCUUCUAUGCAGUUGGUGCCAGAAGAUGAUGCAACGUCGCACGAUAUCUUGUGUGUCCCAGAAUAUGCUGAGGACAUCCAUCGAUACCUCCGUGAAUGCGAAAUUAAAUACAGGCCAAAGCCCAGCUACAUGAGAAAACAGCCAGACAUAACCAACUGCAUGAGGGUUAUCCUUGUUGACUGGCUGGUUGAAGUGGGUGAAGAAUACAAACUGUGCUCAGAGACUCUCUUCCUGGCUGUGAAUUACCUGGACCGCUUUCUCUCGUGCAUGUCUGUGCUACGAGGAAAACUGCAGCUUGUGGGAACGGCUGCUAUACUCCUGGCUGCAAAAUACGAAGAGGUGUAUCCUCCGGAAUUGGCGGAGUUUGUCUACAUCACUGAUGAUACCUACACAAAGAAACAGGUGCUUCGAAUGGAGCAGCACCUGCUCCGAGUGCUUGCCUUUGACAUGACUGCACCCACCGUUUUACAGUUAUUGAUGCAGUACACCUUGGAAGAGCAUAUCUGUGCCAGGACUACCAACCUGGCUUUGUAUCUUUCAGAGUUGAGUCUGCUUGAGGUGGAUCCUUUUGUGCAGUAUCUACCAUCCAAGAUUGCUGCUGCAGCAUAUUGUCUGGCCAACUACACCUUAAAUGGGGCUCUGUGGCCUGAGAACUUGUAUGCAUUCACCGGUUACUCUCUGACUGUCAUUGGCCCUUGUUUGAAAGAGCUUCACAAGCUGCAUAUAAGUGCAGCGAGUCGACCCCAGAGAGCAAUCCAGGAGAAGUUCAAGAGCUCAAAGUACUGUGGAGUGUCCUUGCUCAAACCUGUGGGGGUUUUGCCACUACCUUAGUGUUUGGACCGUGACCACAUCAAGGCCAAUGAAAUGACUGCAGCGCUUAAUUCUCUUGUAAAUACUAUAUGGAAACUUGUUUUUUAAAUGUUUUUAAACUUAAAAUGUGAUUUUUAUCAUAGGCUUAUUUUAACUCCAAAGUGACCAAUAAAAUGGUGACUUGUUUUAAGUCCAG